AUGCCAGUAGCUGACAGCGACAUGGUGGUCGACAGUGCCCACGGGGCUGAGGGAGAAGACAUCCCCAUCUCGCUCUGCAGUCCCGCAGCGGACAUCCUCAAGAACUUUUACCACACCAAACGCGUCGGGAACUAUCUUAUUGGGAGGAAGCUUGGAGAGGGAUCGUUCGCCAAAGUUAGAGAAGGUCUGCAUGCCUUAACAGGAGAGAAGGUGGCAGUUAAGGUGAUUGACAAGCGGAAGGCCAAAAAGGACUCUUAUGUGACCAAGAAUCUUCGCAGAGAGGGGCACAUCCAGCAAAUGAUCCGGCACCCAAACAUCACGCAACUGUUGGACAUCUUGGAGACCGAAAAUAGCUACUACUUGGUCAUGGAGCUGUGUCCCGGUGGAAACCUCAUGAAUCGCAUCUAUGACAAGAAGCGGCUAGAAGAAAGGGAGACCCAGAAAUACAUCCGACAGUUGGUGUUAGCCGUGGAGCACUUGCACAGAGCCGGAGUGGUGCACAGGGAUCUGAAAAUAGAAAAUCUCCUGUUGGACGAGCAGGACAACAUCAAACUCAUAGACUUUGGCCUCAGUAACUGCGCUGGCAUCUUGGGAUACUCGGAUCCAUUCAGCACACAGUGUGGCAGCCCAGCAUACGCCGCCCCCGAACUGCUUUCCAGGAAGAAGUACGGACCUAAAGUCGAUGUCUGGUCAAUUGGGGUGAAUAUGUACGCCAUGUUGACUGGAACCCUCCCAUUCACCGUUGAGCCUUUCAGCCUGAGAGCCUUGCACCAGAAGAUGGUCGACAAAGACAUGAACCCCUUACCUCCGUCACUCUCCACAGCUGCCAUUUGUCUUUUGAAGAAACUCUUGGAACCCGAUCCAAACAAGCGUCCCAACAUUCACCAGGUCAUGGCAGACUCGUGGCUACAGCUGGCCAACAAGAACACCGGCGCCCCAUACCUCAAUAGAAUUCACAUAGAGGAAAUAAACCACACAGUUUUGAUACACAUGACGGAGAAGAUGAGCUACAAACAUAGUGAAGUCCUGAGUGCCGUGCUCACAAACAAGGCUUGUCACACGCUAGCGGUCUACUUCUUACUCAACAAAAAAAUGAAACGAUUAUCCAAAGAGUACAGGGAGAUGCAGAUUCAAGAGAAGAAGAAAGGGGAGAAGCAGAAGGACGAGUACUUUCAGACGCAAUGGAGAAAACACGUUGACAAACUUACCAUCCCGCCAAAGCAGACGCCCGUGUACUUGGCCGUGACCAAACCAGGAAAGGAAAAGAAGCACCGAACUGGGCUUUUAAGGGCUAUAACUGGUGGACAUCGUAACUCCCCCCUUGCCCCUCCUGGUACUGUGGCCUCCUCUUCUAUGGAAUACAUGGAGAUCCAUCCGCUCUUCCCCAACGAACCGCAGCAGCGAAGGCGUCUGGCCACUCUUCCUCCCGUCAACACCAGUCCCGAACACAACAUCCCCGCGCCGCCGGCUCCGUCGCCCAUCGGCAUGCACUCCUUUGGGUCUCUGUCCAAAGCCGAACAGAUUGAAAACAACGAACCGGCGCCUUGGUACAAACUCAUCAACGGGACACUAUCACCGCCGCGUCAUGUCUCUGCUUUCCAACCGGACUCCUCCUAUUUAAAGAAAGGAGGCGUCUCUGCGUUCCAGGCGGACUCUUCCUAUCUCAAGAAAGCGACCAUCCCGAGUGUCCCUGUUCAGAUCAGCAACCCGCAGCCCAAAAAGAGCAACUCCACGGACUGGUGUGGGGGUUCUGAUACGAGCGGUAGCCCCCCGAGCACCAUCGGUAGCCCACCUGGAGGUUCGGCAUUCAGCCCGCCAAAGUCUGCCUUCCACCCCCUCAACCCCCACUCCGCUUUUAGCCAUCCGUCUGCAAACAACAGCAGCAACAGUGACCCGGAGAGCCCCACGCACCGCAGCAAGUUCCCCUCCAUGGGAAUAGGACAGAUUUUAAAGAAGAAAGUGCCGUUACAGCCCUUUUCCUUUCGUCCCGAACAAGUCGUAGAGGAAGUGGUGUCUCCGCCUCCCUAUCCCAUGCAGACGCUGCUCUGUGCUUCCGGUGCACUCAAAACCCUUUGCUGA